UUUGACAGCUGCGUCGGCGAUUGUGAUUUGCAAUUUUUGUAGUUUGGGAAUACACUCGAUAUCAAAUUUUGAAUUUACUCAGGAUAAGGAGCAAAUUAUAGCGAUUUUGCGAUGUCUAACCCUCAAGCCACAGUCACUGCCUACUUGGCGGCCCAAAAGAAGACCACAAACAAAGAUCUCGCUGCAGAGUGGACGCUCAUCGAAGAGCUCUAUAAUGAGAAACUAUGGAACGAGCUGACCAUCAAGUUGGUGACCUUCGUGCGUCACGAGUCCCUGCAGGACGAGACUGCACUUCUGCAGCUCUACCAGAACUUCCUGUCCACCUUCGAGACCAAAAUAAACCCCUAUGGACUGAUUCAAAUCCUUGAGGUCGUGGUUGAUAACAUUGGGGACAAAAAGGAGGCCAUCGACUUUCUCGAGAAGAUGAAGGACAAGGUGAAGAUCUGCGACGAGGCUGUUUGGUAUCUGCAGGUCAUGCAAGGCAAUCUCUACCUCAGCAAUCUGAAUGAUCUGAAUGCUACCAAAAAGAUUAUCGAAGAGCUGCGCGAUGUGCUUGAGGAAGCGGGCAAUGUUACACCAGUCCAUGGAAAGUAUUACAUGCUGGCGUCCCAAUAUUAUCGCCGCGUUGGAAAGCACAGCGAUUACUACCGAUGUGGCCUCCAGUUCCUGGGUUGCUCAUUGGACGACUACCCGCGCGAUCAGUGGGCACAGCAGGCCUUCUUCUUAGGCCUGGCUGCCCUCCUGGGCGAUGGAGUUUACAAUAUCGGCGAACUACUGGCUCAUCCCAUCCUGGAGUCGCUGAAGGGUACGGAAAACGAGUGGCUAAUGGAACUGCUCAAAGCUUUCAACACCGGUGACAUCAACAAAUUCAAUGAGAUGAAGAAAAUCUGGUCUAAGAUACCUGAUCUGGCUGCCCAGGAGGUCAAGCUGCGUCAGAAGAUCUCCCUGCUCUGCCUCAUGGAGAUGACAUUCAAGCGCUCUGCGAUCGAGCGGGCCAUCUCUUUCACCGACAUUGCGCAGGAGACCAAACUGCCCGCCAAGGAAGUAGAGCUGCUCAUCAUGAAGGCCCUGGCUUUGGAUCUUGUGCGAGGCGAGAUUGACCAGGUGGCCGGAGUUGUUAACAUGUCGUGGGUGCAGCCACGCGUUCUGAAUCGCAGCCAGAUUGUUGGCAUGGCCAGCACUUUGGACACAUGGAUGGGCGCCAUCACGAACAUGGAGAAACUGAUGGAGAAUCGUGCCGCCGAGAUUCUCACCAAUUAGUCUUAAUUUUUGCUUGAUCUUUAUGGUCCCCACUAAUUUCCAUUUGCGCAAGUGCUUUUGUAUUUAAUUAAAUUACCGAAACAAAAAAUUUUCUUAA